UGAAAAGCCAAUGGUUAUACACAUAUUUCUUGACGAAGUCGUAAUCAAAGUAUACAUAUUUUUUAUUGAAUUACUUAUUAACAAAGUUUUUUAAAUUUUCUCAAAACAGCAACAAAAUAUGUUUUGUUUUUUAUAUUAAAGGUGGCACUGUUGUAAUAGGUUUAACCAUCUAAAAAUGAUUCGUAUUGAAGAAAGUCGCUUAAAGUCAUAUUUGACUAUGUAUAAGUUUCCUGAACAAACAAAAAAAGAAAUUAUAAAAGCCUUAAAUAGUUAUCAUGGUCUUAUUUGUAACUAUGAAACUUUUUUGUUCUCAAACAGAAUUGAAAAAAAGUUAAUAAAUUUAAGUGGAACAAUACCAGUUAUUUUUAAAGGCACUACAUACCAUAUUCCAAUUUGUAUUUGGCUCAUGGAUACACACCCGAAUAAUGCACCUAUUUGUUAUGUUAAACCUACUGUUGAUAUGCGUAUUAAAAUGUCAAUGUAUGUAGAUCAUAAUGGAAAAAUUUAUUUGCCAUAUUUGCAUAAUUGGACACCGACUACUUCCAAUCUGCUGGAAUUGAUUGGAAUUAUGACAGUAACAUUCUCUGAAACACCACCUGUAUACUCAGUAACUCGAACUGAUCCAGCUGUAAACCCUGUGCCUUAUCCUACCCAAAUGCCGUAUAGUGGAAAUAAUUCAAAUGUGAUGCUACCAUAUCCACCAAUUUCAUCACAACCUACUUCUGCCACAUCUAAUAUUCCAACGACUUACCAUAGUAAUACUACAACUCCUUAUCCUUUAUAUAACAGUCAGUUUCCUACUCCUUCAUAUCCAACAAGUUCAGCUAAUACAGCUAGUUUUGCACCUUAUACACCUCCAUAUCCCAUUCAAAAUUCGUCACAUAAUAUUCCAUAUCCUCAACAAAAUACAUCAGUUAAACCUGAAUAUCCUCCAUAUCCAACAUCUGGUAAUUUACCUAAUACUGCAACAGGGUUAAGUGAUGGUGGCACAAUUACUGAGGAACAUAUUAAAGCAUCGUUGCUCUCUGCCAUUGAAGAUAAAGUACGAAGACGUUUUAAUGAACAAAUGGCUCAGAAUAAAGCAGAAUUAGAUAUACUUUUACAGUCUCAACGAGAAUUAACCUUGGGAAAAAAUAAAUUGGAUUCAAUUUUAACAAGCCUUAAUAAAGAAAAGAUAGAACUAGAACAAAACAUUCAAGUGUUGCGUGAUAAAGAGAUUGAACUUGAAAUAGCUAUAUCAAAAUUAUCUGUAGAAGACAAUAUUGAUAUUGAUGAUGCAGUUACAACUACUGCUCCACUUUAUAAACAAAUUUUAAAUGCAUUUGCUGAAGAAGCAGCUACAGAAGAUGCCAUUUAUUAUAUGGGAGAAGCAUUAAGAAGAGGAGUGAUAGAUUUAGAAGUAUUUUUGAAACAAGUACGAACACUUUCACGUAAACAAUUUAUGUUGCGAGCAUUAAUGCAACGAUGCAGACAUAAGGCUGGAUUAGUAGCCUGAUUAAAAACCAUGAAACUUUUAUAUAAAAUUAAAUAUAUUUAUUCAUUUAGAUUAAUUCUGUAGUUGUUUUAAAUCUUAUAAAGAUAUAUUUAUAUGUCAAAUCUCUACAAUUAUUAUAUUAGUACAUAUUAUACUUGAA